UUUGGCAAUCGGCAUGUAAUACUGAACAAAUCGAGCGCAGUUUUAGGAGGCUGGGUAGGACUUGAGUAUGGCUAUAGAGCUGUACAAGUAAUCAAUAACGCCGAGUUUAGUGAAUUUCAUAAUAAAAGUAACGUGUUUCAACUUGUCAGUUAUAGCUCACUUAGCUUAAAGUACCGGCAAGUUUAAUAUAGUAUCUUAAUUUGACAGUUUAAGAUCAUGGAUCACGCGAAACACAAACAGUCUGAAAAGCAAGUUGCCUAUUCUACCGACUUUGUCAACGGGCAUGUGGAGGAGAGAGCACAGGUGCCGAAGUCGCCCAACCGGACCAGGGGUCAGCAGGUAGUGCCCGGUGAGGAGACGAGAUCGCAUUCGUCAGCUGUCAUGGAGAGCUGGAAAGAGGAACGCACUCGGAGCAUAGAGGACAACGAGAUGAACCUGCCCAGCAUCGCCGCCGCGUACACCACUAUCCUUAGGGGUCUGGGAGAAGACCCCCUCCGACAGGGGCUUCUGAAAACCCCGUGGAGAGCCGCCACCGCCAUGCAGUUCUUCACUAAGGGCUACCAGGAGAAAAUAUCAGACGUGCUGAACGACGCUAUCUUUGACGAGGACCAUGAUGAGAUGGUGAUUGUGAAAGACAUCGACAUGUUCUCAAUGUGUGAGCACCACCUGGUGCCCUUCAUUGGCAAGGUGCAUAUAGGUUACCUUCCCAACAAGAGAGUCGUGGGUCUGAGCAAAUUGGCCAGAAUUGUUGAAAUCUAUAGCAGAAGAUUACAAGUCCAGGAGAGGUUGACGAAGCAGAUCGCUGUCGCCAUCACAGAGUCUCUGCAGCCGUCUGGAGUGGGGGUCGUGAUCGAGGCCAGCCACAUGUGCAUGGUGAUGCGUGGUGUGCAGAAAAUGAACAGCAAGACUGUGACCAGCACCAUGCUGGGUGUGUUCAGGGAGGACCCCAAAACCAGAGAGGAGUUCCUGAAACUGAUCAAGGACUGAGUACCAGCCUCCUGCUACCCUCGCCCCACAUGCUACUGCCAGACAUCUCCCCUGGAAACGAGCCGCUGAGCAGUGCGAUCAGAGCCUAACCCAGACCAGCCUGCUGAGAGCGGUGCACGAGUCUCUUUAGUGUACUUUACUGGAAACGACCAGGGAGGUUUUUUUUUUGUUUACUUCAGUGACGAAAGCAGUGUGUCAGUACUGUGUCUAUCACUGUUUAGAUCAUUAACACAUGCCCCCUUUUUGCAACAGUUGCUGUUGAAAAUCAGUCCCACACCUCUGCCAUUCAAUGGUGCUUUUGUGUAGAAGGUACUUUUACCAGCAGUUGUGUUUCAAAUGCUUGUCAUCAAGAUCAUCCCAUAGCUGCCAUGAAAUUGAACUUGAAAGCCAGUAAGAGAGGAGCGCACUUGACAAGAGGUCAAGAAGCGUGAGGUGUAUCUGUAUUAACUGUACCAUCAGUCCUUAUGAAAGCAGUGUGGAUUAUUCUGCAGACUAGCCUAUAGAAACGAUAAUAAUUCUAUAGGGGCUGUACAAUCCGUUAUUUCAUUGUUUUUAAUGUUGUUAUAUUGGUAUGUGUAUAACGUUAGUGAAAAAAAAAAUCUCUUUAAAAAUAAAUUUAAAAAAUCACUACAUUUCCUGUAGUUUAAUUUGGUGCUGUGGAUGUGUGUGAGUGUGACAAACAAAAUGUAGUUUGAAUUCUUACUUUUUGUAGAAAGAAACCAGAGUCUUGUCUUUGUACAAUUAACCAGCGGACUGUACUCCUUUCUGUUUGUAAAUUGGGAUGUUCAGUCUGCUCCGCUCAUCUUUGCUGUAGAAACGGUUUACAUUUGUUUUAUGAUUUUAUUGUCCUGGGGCAUUAAUGCUUCUUUCUGUGAUAUGAGGUUCCUCUCAGACGAGGUUUACAACGUGAAGUGCAGAGUCCAGGAAGACUCGUAAGAACAGCUGCUCAGGUUGGGAAGAGCGUGCGGGAGGGGUACAGCUGCACCCACGUGGCCUUGCUUUGAGGGGGGCUCUGGGGACAGGCAUCCCUCUCCACUCUCACUAUCUGGCGCAGGGCUUGAAUUCUUAACACAGUUUAUUGAUGUCAUGCAGGUGAAACAUUUUUAAUGUCCAGUUGCAUUUAUUAUUCUUGAAAACAAUGAUAUACAAACUAGACAAUAUUGCAAAGUUGUGUUUUUUUUUUUUUUUUUUUUUUUUUUUUAAAGAGCGAUUAAGCUGUUUCUAAAUCUUCAGUGUGGUGGAAUCCCUGCCUUGCUUAUUGUUCAGGUUUUGCCAGGGAUGCUUAUGUAGCGACACCUGGUGGAAGCAUGCUGUAACUUCCGUUGCCUGUUUCUGUUGAAAAACAUGUCAAAAGCAAGCGGAACCCGAACCGUUGUCGGCAUUGCCCAAGACAUUCCCUACACACCUCAGCACAUUCAGGAAGAUUUUGAAAUGAGACGGCCUGCAUUGGAGACAUCUUUCAUCAAACCUUUUUUUUUUAUUUUAAUACUUUUCCCGUUGCCUGUGGGUAUAACAUAGACCCCACACAUAAACACAAAGAUACACGAAUAGACACACAAACACAAAGCUACCCAUGCUUACACACGACUGGGCAUUGAUUCAGCACACAAUACAUAUCAUGACACAAUAGUCAAAAGCAUUAUGCAGUAUGUUAGACCUCCAAUUUACAAACACACACAUAAAACAAACAUGCACCCCCCCUCUCUCAUUACAGAGGGAUGCACAUGACUCUUUACACUGGCAUUAGAAGCAUAUACAGGGUAACGUGAUGAGCUGACCACACUAGUCCGCUGACAGAAGGGCUUCUGUUUCACCCAGCUUUACAUAACACAGAAUCACCAGCAAAGGUUUAUAAAUGUUAUUAAAUAGUUCUUAUCUGCUACUUAUGUUUUUUAUUAUUAUUAUUAUUAUCAUCGUCACUAUUUUGCUUCCUCUGUAUUUUCUUUUAAAACUCCAUAUAAAAUAAUUUUACAUUUGGCGUAGAUGCAUGAGUACAAAAGAAAAAGGCACUGCCGUUUGUUAUUCUAAAUAUCUGACUUCACAGAUUUAUGCAUGCAUUUUAUAUAAAUAUGCUUUUUUUUUUUUUUUUUCAAAUUGCUCUAAACCUGCAGUCAAUACAGGCCCUGAAGAGACAGCCCGAGGGAAACACACAAAGUUAAACUGCAGGAAAUCACAACCAUUUCUGUGCAUUCUACUACAAUCAGACUCUGGAUUUACUCAACUAUUUCUCAUAGCAUGAAGUGUAGUAUUUUUCACUGUAGCAGUGUAGUAUUUCAGACUAGUUAUCAGGCAAGUAAUAAACUAUGGUAUCAGUUGAAUAAAAAUAGACCAAAAAUACAAAUCAAAAAUACACCAUAUUCUAUAAGUACAGUUCCUGCAAACUGCGUAUUCCCAGUAUUUAUUUUAUUGCCUGGGAGCCCUUAGCUAUACCGUGGCACACUGGAUAACAUGCUUGGUAAAUAACAGUACACCACCAGGAUGCCAACAGUUACAUGUAUUCUAUUUUUUGCCAGGAGGGGGUGGUCUGGAGGCGCAGGACUGUGGAGCAGGCAGUGUACUGCUAUUGCACUAAGAUACUGAGGUCACACCUGGAGCCUCUGCAGUGAUUGUAACAGACCUAACGUCAUCACAAGUCGCACACACAGAUACACGUAUAUAGGUAAUACAUGUACGGAGGGCUGUAUGUGAGAAAUAUUCCUUUUUGGUGUUUGCACACCAUAUUGCUUGCUUACAGUAUUUGUAGUUUGCACAGCAAGCGCUAGCCAUACUUUUACUGUACUUGCAUAUCAAAGUUUUGGCCCAGUAUAGUAUACAGACAUUAGCAAUCAAAAUGGCAUGCUGCGUCUCAAAAUACAAAAAAAUUAAACUAAGUAAUGAUGCUCUUUUGAAAUACUACCCUUGAUAUAUAAUUAGUAAAACAUUUUAAAAGCACAUUUGGUCAAUUGAAUGUUGUAUACUUUCUGGAAUAGCCUAGAAUAAUGCUAACCUUUCCUUUAGGUUACUUAUAGGGUACUAUUGAGUAAGCUAUACAGCCUAAUGGCUGGUUUCCAGAUUGCAGGUGGAAUAAAUGCAACAAUGCUCUGUGCUGCCUGCACUUAGACGCAGCACCCCGCCCGGACGCUGGGACCCUGCUAAGCUGAUCAGUGGCAACAGCCCUCCCCUUGCUUCUUGCGUUUUAUUGAAACACAGUGGCUGCUCUCAUCCGAAUCUCAAAAUAGCUCAACAAUCCCAAAGAAAAACUGGUAUGUCAUUUUUCUCAUCCUAUAACUUUAAUAAGAGAUUAUAUUUCAAAAUGAAAAAUAAAAAAACGUAACUAUGCUAAUAUCUGAGAUGCACUUAUGGACACCAGCCACAGCAAGUUAAUACAAAGAGUAUCUUAAAUAAUACAUCCAACGAAUGUAACAGCUACCUCCGCAACAGCAAUCGAAAAAGAAAUAAAUAAUAAUUUGAAUCUGAAAAUAGUUUUUAGGACUUCUCCUCAAUUUCGGUGUGUCUUGUCUGAGUUUUUCAGAAACAGUUUACACUAAGUGGCAUCAAUAACACUGGUCCAGUUGUGUUACUGUUUAACUGCUUGUGUAAUUCAUUAGUUUUGGAAGCCACUCAUUACACUUGUAGCAGUGUUGUUAGUGUGUAAUUUCAGUGUCAUUAACGCCACCCAUAUUAUAGUGUCACCAGUCAUACCAGUAUUUUGCGCUGACAAUUUAAACAUCAUUUACAUUACUUUGCACAGCCAUGCAUUUCCACGCACUGAACUGUACUUCACUUCAUGAAAGCCUCUCCCAAAUGCAACCCUACUGGGUUCACUGCAGUCCAUUCCAGUACCAGAUUCUGAUUCAACCAAAUUGUGAAAACCAGCCUGCACAGCUUUCUGGUGCACAUACAAGGCAGUGCUUUAGUGUCCAAACCCCUACCUUCAGUAUCCCUCUGAACAACACAAGGUUAUUCCCAAAUCAGGAUUAACAGCACAUUCACAGCUGCCCAUGUUAACACACAGUGUAUCAUCAGUGUCAUUACAGAGGGCCAAUGUGACAUGCAGAGGCCUCACGGGUGAUUACAGCUGUUCAGGGAGCUGCAGGAAAGAUACAGGAGAUGAAAUCAUGGGGUUAAACUGAAAUAAAACUCCCACCUUACUUUAAGAAUAUUCUACAGGCAGUAUUAUCCCUGACCUCUGAAUGACCCUGCAUAGCAGGGUAACUUCACCCCCAGCUGUACAUUUCAGAACUGAAGAGUAUUUUAAUACUUCUGGCACUUGAACUGGACUUCAUUUCAAGUCGCGAAAAAAAACUCUGGCCACGGCAGUCUACUGGAUUUGACUCACUAAGGCCUUGUUUCUGCUUGACAACUCGUAAGGGAGAAUCCCAGAUUUCUAUCACAAACAUUUGGAAUACUCCCAGG